AUGCUAGAAGAGCUGGGGUUCGAUACAACAGUAUGCAGGUCCUGGGAUACUCUAGAUCUUGACCCCAAGAUAUCGGACUUGAUGCAAGCCGACUUAGAUCAGCUUUAUUUUGAUAGAAUUCACGGCUUUAUGCCAAUUCUACACCAGAGCCGAUACUUUGCAAUGCGUCAAAAAAGUAUCAAAGCAGAGAGCGAAGUUUGUUUGCAAUAUGCAAUGUGGACUCUUGCGGCGUCAGUUUCAGCUCACUAUCAGAGUGUGGGACACUCACUGUACCAAAAUACGCGCCGCUUACUGGAGGAGUUAGACUCCAAAAAUAUCAAACUUGCAUCUACUGACCUUCAACAGGUGCAAGCGUGGCUUUUGCUUGCGAUCCAUGAGUUCAUGUGUGUUGACUUCCGACGAGGUUGGAUGAGUGCUGGGAGGGCGUUCCGACUCAUCCAACUCAGCUGGCGACAUGGUACCGAUGGUCCGGACUUGACCCAGGUACAAGGGGACUGGAUUGAAUCGGAGCGGAGGCGAAGGACAUUUUGGAUGGCCUAUUGCCUUGAUCGAUUUGUGAGCAUGCGGAUAGAAUCUCCGUUGACAUUUAGUGAAACAGUUGCCAUUCGACUGCCAUGUUCCGAGAGAGAUUUUCAGACUGAUCAACCUGUUCUUAUGGGGUUCCUCACCGAAGCCCUCGUCUCCAGUAACUCAAUGGUUGUUUCCGCGUUUACGGAAUGCAUCAUCGUAGCCACAAUUACCGGGCGCGCCCUCGCUCAUCGCCAUCAGUUUCACGUCGGUGACAUGUGUUUUAACGCAUUGGCGGAUUUUUGGACUCAGCAUGAGUGGAUCAAUGCUAUGCAUAGUCAGAGUAUUGAGGCAUUUUCCUCGAGAUAUUCUGCAGAUAUGCAACAAACUGAUCCUAUGCUUCUUUUCAUCGGGUUGAUGUAUCGAAUUACCACUUUACAUCUAUAUCAAACGACAGGGUGUUUUAUUGCAACAACUCAUGAGGAACAGCGCGACUUGGUGCUAGAGGAUCGAAUACGAGCAUCUUCGGCAGCAAAGGACAUUGUCGACCUAACUAACAAACUCUCGAGUCUCAAUACCUUCAAAGUGCAUCCUCUCACACCGAUACCACUCUCGCUAUGCGUGGAGUUUCUCGUCUCGAGCACCGAGUUUGGUGACUCUUUUGCAUCCGAGCUACAAAAUAUCAUAGAAGCGAUGCGUUCUUUGAGGAGCUUCAAUAACAUCGGAAGAGGAAUUCUACAUUUACUCGAAGAGUUUGGGGUGGCGGAGGGCAUACCAAUGGCUGUUCAAUAG